AUGGAAGAACUCCUAGCCCAGCAUCGCAAAGAAAAGCGUGAUCUGCAGUCCAGAAUCACUCAGAAGAAGAAAAAUGCCACCAAAAGGACGAGAAAGGGCAUCAAUAGCGAAUGUGAAAGACUGGAGAGGGAACUGGCCGAGAAGCAGAAGGCAGAAAUUGAAGCACUAGCACCCACGGACCCGGAUGAACUCGAGACUGCUGCGGAUGGUCUGCAAAUUGACGAACCCAUUGAAGAGAUAAAUGGCGAACCCAGGCAAGAUGCUGGUGACCGGACUCCUUCCAUGGACCGGCCACGACCGAAGAAGCCGAAUCGGCAGAAAGCAAGGCUUGCCCGCAGAGCAGCCGAACAAGAAGCCCAAGCUGCAGCGGCUGCACUAGAGGCAGAAAACUUGCCUGACCUUCGAGAACAAGAAAUCUCCGCCAUGAAGAAACACAUGGAGAGCCAUGGAUUAUCGGAGACCCUCAUCCGGCCAGAUGGGCAUUGCCUUUUUUCCGCGUGCGCGCAUAGCAUGUCUCCUGAAGUCGUCGCUCAAUCAGGCCCAAACAAAGAGCCAUAUCAAAAUGUCAGGUAUGCCGCGGCAGAAUUCAUGGCAGCGCAUCCGGACAAUUUCGAAGCAUUCAUGGAAGAGCCCCUUGAUUCGUAUGUGAAGAAAGUCAGAGAGACGGCGGAAUGGGGAGGACAACUGGAGUUACAAGCCAUUGCGCGAUCAUACAACAUCGACAUCAACGUGCUCCAAGCCGACGGGAGAGUAGAAAAGAUCAGUGCCGGCACCGACCACCAUGGACAGUCCACCACGAUUUGGCUCGCAUACUACCGGCACAGUUUCGGCCUGGGUGAACAUUACAACGCGUUGAAAAAGACGGGAUGA